AUGCCAUCUCAUGUCACCUCGUCAAAACUAAACGCUAAUGAAAUUGCAUUAUGUGGAGGCAUUGCAGGUGUUGCUACGAGAUUUGCCAUUUCACCUUUAGACGUUAUCAAAAUCAGACUGCAAAUUCAGUCUUCACCUGCAAGAUCACUAAUGAUACAACAUAGUGCCAAAUAUUCCGGGAUACUUCCAACUUUUAAAACUAUUAUCAAGGAGGAAGGAAUACGAGGAUUGUUCAAAGGAAAUGUAGCCGCUGAAUAUCUAUAUUUGGCCUAUGGUAUAUCUCAAUUCUACGCAUACUCUCAUAUGGACGCCUUUAUGGAAAAAAAAACACAGUUGACACCUUCAUUAAAACCAUUUGUCUCUGGUAUGGUUGCUGGUAGUUUUGCUACAGCCACCACGUACCCAUUUGACCUUUUACGAACUCGAUUUGCAGUACAAGGCACAAACAAGGUGUACAACAGUAUCUUACAUGCCAUUUCGGACAUAUAUGGAAAAGAGGGUAUCAAAGGAUUUUAUCGUGGCCUUGGUUCUUCUAUCACACAGAUCAUGCCAUAUAUGGGGCUGAUGUUUUUCAGCUAUGAAGGCUUAUGCUCGCUUACACAAACAUUAAAGGAAAAAGGCAUUAUUUCUGAUAAACACAACAAAACAAACGACAUGAUCUGUGGAUCGCUUGCCGGUAUCAUCAGUAAAACUGGUGUAUUUCCCCUUGACGUCGUCAGAAAACGACUGCAGGUGCAAGGGCCACAUAUAUCAAAAUAUGUGAUAGCAUCUAUACCCAUUUACUCACAGCAAAACUCAGCAUUUUCGUGUAUGAGAACGAUCAUACAAACAGAAGGAUACAGGGCACUUUAUAAAGGGCUUGCACCAGGACUAUUAAAAGCUGGGCCAUCGGGUGCAGUCUAUUUCCUAGUCUUUGAGCUUUCAAAAGACUUUGUCAUAAAAAUGAAAGAGAAUGGAUAUCAAAUACUUCCUGAAACAACCUUUCCGUAUCAAGUUGUGUAG